AUGGUGGCAGCGAAAGUAGAAACUAGUCUUAAGAAGGAAGAUAAUGUGGGGCAUCGCCCUGGGACUCCUGAAAAGAAGGACUUAUUGGAUGCUUUGACACAAGUUAAGGAUCAGUUCGAUAAGGUAGGCAAGUCUGGCAGUGGCGUUUGCGAAUUACUAAAGACCGAAUCUGUUCAAGUUGAAAAUGUUAAAGAACAAAAGAAUAAACUAGUUCGGUCAUUCACGUGGAGUCACUCUACCAAAAGUAAAUUUGUAGCAAGGAGUCGCUCCGUUAAAGUUGGUGAUAAUUGCAUGGAGAAAGCCGAAGAACAGUCUUCAAUAUUAAAGAUAUUACAUGCCUGGGAGGCGCAACUCUCUAGAGAGGUAGAGAUAGUCGAGGAUAAGAGGAAAAUUGGAGGAACACUCGAAGUACAAGUUGCCGAAGAAAGCGCUCUAGAAGCUUUCAACAGAAUCAAAAAAUUGAGAGAUGAUGAGCUGCAACCUCAACUUUCUAAUCUCCUAGAAGGUCUACAGAAAAUUUGGACGAAUAUGUCGCAUUGCCAUGACAAGCAAAACGAGAUCAUGUCCGAAAAAUUCUCUCUCUAUAAGCCUCAUGUAAAGUGUUGUGAUGCCAAAAUCUCGGUUGCUACUGACGAGCUUCAAACAAAACUUCAAAAAUGGUGCGCCGCCUUUACUUCAUAUAUUUGUUCACAAAAGGCCUUCAUUAAAUCUCUCAACAAUUGGAGUAAAUAUUCAGUUCCAUCAUUUUUUGAAAAGGAAGUCAACGAUAAUGGGUGCACGAAACUGCUCGGAGAUUGGUUAACUUGUUUGGAAAAAUUGGAGGACAAGGAAGUGAGUAAAGCAAUAAGUGAGUGUGACAAAGAAGUUCAAAAGCUUGUGGAACAACAAAAGAAAGAGCGAGAAUGCAAGAGCAAAGUUGAGAAACUCAAUGCGGAUAUCUACGAACUUGUGCAGCAAUACAAGAAGACCAGGCCAGAGAAGAAGAAGGAGGAGUUGAAUAGAUUGAUGAAUACGCUAAAGAAUGACGAAAAAGCCUAUCAAACUAGUAAGACGAACACACAAAAGAUUGUUACAAACGUGAUUCAGGAGAGUUUUGCAUCAGUCUUCAAAUCGUUGGCCGAGUUUACAACCAAAGCUGCUAAAGAGUAUGCCGAGGUUGCAAAGAAUCAUAAUAUUAAUUGCAGUGAUUAG